AUGGAUCCACGAACAGUCAGGAAGCUCAGUGAAAUUGAGGGAAUCAAAACAUAUUUCUUUGCUCCACUCCUCAAAUAUAUAUUGGAAAAUGAAUCGAUUUUGAUCGAAAAUCCUGGCGAAAUGAAUCGAUUCGCAACUUUCGUUUUGGGGUUGACAGAUCAAUUUCCAACUCCCGAAGAUUUCUUAAAUAUUCUUAUUGGUUCGCAAGAACCAACUAAAGCAGUUAUGGUUCCAGCAAUUGAUGUAUUUCUCUGUUUUGGAUCAGAUUAUUUUCAUAUUGCGAAAAAUAUUGCGAGACGAUUGGGAGAAAAAGGAAUGAGACAUGAUGUUAUUUCGUGUCGCCUUUGUGCAGAAGAUGAAGAGUCAUUUGCAAGCGGUUAGUUUUUAAUGAAGUUUUUUUCAAAAAAUAAUGAUUUUUACAGAUUUAUCAAAACUCGUCGGUAAAACACUGAUUCGAAAAGCAGAAGGAUGUAAUCUUCUGAAAUUGCUUUACUCAAUCAUCAAAGCAAAUUCUGAAUUGGAACGAUUUUAUGCUUUCAGCGAAAUUAGCAUGUCAGAUUUAGACUGGGAUGCUUAUGUUUUCUUGAAAUUAUUCACUCAUGGUUCACAAGAGAAAGUCGAGGAAAUCGAAAUGAUUCGAGAUAAUAUUAUUGCAAAAUUUGGAAGAAAACAUAGAGAAUUAGUGAAACUAUGGAUCGAUGGAGAUGAUUUGGAAAUACAACUCCUACGAAAACUAAUGAAACCUAUGUCAAUUGUUACGGAGAAUGUUUUUCCUUCAAUUAUCGAUAAUCUUUUGCCAAUUAUUGACAGUCGAAAAGAGGACGAUAUUUCGAAAAUUUAUUCACUUAUCAGUCAAAUUCAUUAUAUUACAAUUCGCGCAAUAAUUUCUGGAAAUCGUAUUUUGGUCGAUGAGAUUCAUUCAAAAAUUCCAGUAUCUAUUAAGAAUUUGAUGUUCCCUGGAUUAAUUCGAUCAACUGUUCAAACAUCAAUCACUCUUCUCACAUAUUUUCUACAAUUCUUUGUUUCACUUCCCGAAUCUUCUAUUCUCAAAUUUAGUGAUGUUGAAAAUGCUGGGAUAUAUGAAAUUUUGACGAAUCCGUGGAAAAAAGAUGCUCUCUUCAAACUUCUUCUCGAUUAUCAAUCUUCAUUUGAAAGAGAUGUUUUUGGAUUUCCAGUAAAAUUGAAAGAAUUCCAACAAAGUUGUGUUAUAUUUGCAAUUGAGUUUUGUAUUGAAAUUGUUUCGAAUUAUGAAAGAAAUUUCAAAUUGAAUUGGUUGCACCCGAAGUAUAAAAACAUGCUUUUGAAAACAUUACGAGGUAUUAUUUGAAAAUAAAUUCGCUUGAAAAUACCUAAUAUUUUCCAGAAGAAGAACAACAUCGCUCAACUCAAAUUUCUGCAGAACACGUGACAAAAAUUAUACGAGAACUCGAAAAUGCUCCCAAUUUUUUCGCAACAUCUCCAGUUAAUCAAUAUAUGGCAAAUCCACCAGCGAAUAAUAAAAGUGUGGACGAAAUCGAAGAGCCACAAUUAUUUGUCAGUAUUGGAAAAGGAGUUUUUGUAUGUGCGAGAGAUGUUGAGCCAAAUGAUUUUUCGAUGAAUGAGCAACUUUUUGUGCAUGAUUCGGAAUCGCGAGGACCAUCGGCUUGGUCUUUUGGAAUGACAACAUCAAACGGAGGUUAA